AACUGUUCCUGUCGUCUCUUCUGCUGUCAUCUCUUACCUCAGUCCGUGACUCAUAUUUGACUAUUAUUCUUCUUUUUUUUCCUACGACGACGUUGACCAUAUGAGAAAACAGCCGUUAGGUUGAUAAAAAAUGAGCGCGGGUGGGAGUUUUAGGACGCUGCGGCUGCUGGUUAUGGUGAGCCUGUGUGUGUUCAUCAGCUUCUCAGCAGCAGCAGCAUCAUCAUCUCCUGCUCAGGAGAAGGACAGUGCCAUGGAGAACAUCGUUACAGAGAAGAAGGCUGAGGAGAGUCACAGACAGGACAGCGCAGACCUGCUCAUCUUCAUCCUGCUCCUCACCCUCACUAUCCUCACUAUCUGGCUCUUCAAGCACCGGCGCUUCAGGUUUCUGCAUGAAACCGGACUGGCCAUGAUUUACGGCCUCAUCGUGGGGGUGAUCUUACGUUACGUCGUUCAGGUCCCUCGGGAUGCCAGCGUGGUCUCGACAAACUGUUUUGUUAACGCCAGCCCCGCCACCCUGCUGGUUAAUGUCAGCGGGAAAUUUUAUGAGUACACUUUGAAAGGGGAGAUCAGCGCCAAUGAGGUGAACGACGUGAAAGACAACGAAAUGCUGCGCAAGGUCACGUUUGACCCUGAAGUUUUCUUCAAUAUUCUUCUCCCACCCAUUAUCUUCCAUGCAGGCUACAGCUUAAAAAGGAGACAUUUUUUCCGGAAUAUGGGAUCUAUCCUUGCUUAUGCCUUUGUGGGGACAGUGAUUUCCUGUUUUGUUAUUGGGUUGUUGAUGUACGGCUGUGUUGUGCUAAUGAAGCAGUUGGGCCAGAUGGGGGAAGACUUCUUCUUCACUGACUGCCUGUUCUUUGGAGCUAUUGUCUCAGCAACAGACCCAGUGACAGUCCUGGCUAUCUUCCAUGAGCUACAGGUUGAUGUUGACCUGUAUGCACUGCUGUUUGGAGAAAGUGUGCUCAAUGAUGCUGUGGCCGUGGUUUUGUCCUCGUCUAUUGUUGCAUAUCAGCCGCAGGGAGACAACAGCCACACCUUUGAGGUCAUGGCCUUGCUGAAGUCUUUUGGGAUGUUCCUUGGAGUUUUCAGCGGCUCCUUCUCACUGGGAGUGGCAACAGGGAUCGUUACAGCUCUUGUAACAAAGUUCACCAAACUAAGGGAUUUCCAGCUGCUGGAGACGGCUCUGUUCUUUCUCAUGUCUUGGAGCACCUUUCUGCUGGCUGAAGCUUGUGGCUUCACAGGUGUGGUGGCAGUGCUCUUCUGUGGCAUCACUCAGGCCCACUACACCUUCAACAACCUGUCUCCCGAGUCUCAGGACAGGACAAAGCAGCUGUUUGAGCUGUUAAAUUUCCUGGCAGAGAAUUUCAUUUUCUCCUACAUGGGUCUGACCCUGUUCACCUUCCAGAACCACAUCUUUAACCCCAUGUUCAUCGUUGGAGCUUUCCUGGCAGUGUUUGUGGGAAGAGCUGCUAACAUCUACCCGCUGUCAUUCCUCCUCAAUCUGGGACGACGUAACAAGAUUAGAUCCAACUUCCAGCACAUGAUGAUGUUUGCAGGCCUGCGAGGUGCUAUGACUUUUGCUCUUUCCAUCAGGGACACGGCUACGUACGCCCGUCAGAUGAUGUUCUCCACCAAUCUUCUCGUAGUUUUCUUCACUGUCUGGGUUUGUGGCGGUGGCACCACUCAGAUGCUGUCCUGUCAGCGAAUACGAGUGGGCGUUGACUCUGAUCAAGACAACUCUAUGAGUUUCGCAGACGGUUCAGAGAGGAGAAGCACCAAACAAGAAAGCGCCUGGCUGUUCAGAAUUUGGUACAACUUCGACCACAACUACCUGAAGCCCAUCCUGACUCACAGUGGCCCCCCUCUCACAUCUACACUCCCUCCCUGCUGCGACCCCCUGGCCCGCUUCCUCACCAGCCCUCAGGCCUAUGAGAAUGAGUGCCAGCUGAAGGAUGAUGACUCUGACCUCAUCCUGACGGACGGAGACAUCAGCCUGACCUACGGCGACAUCACUGUCAGCACAGACGCUACAGGAGCCCACACCAGCGGCCGGCACGCCUCAGACGACCUGGAUAGAGAGUUAGCAUACGGAGAUAAUGAGCUGGUGAUGAGGGGCACGCGUCUGGUCCUCCCCAUGGACGACUCUGAGCCUCCGUUCACCGACCACCUGCGGAUGUAAAAAGCAGGUUUCAGCGCAGCCCGAGACAACCAUCCAUUUCAAACUGACCCAAGCCACCCAGCAAACAUUGAUUACUUGACUCUCUCUUUUCUUUCACUCUUUCAUUUUUUUUUUGUCUCCUCUUCUUUUUUCCUCAUCCCUCACUUCCCUGUCUCUACCUCAUUCUCUUUCUGCUCAUUUUCAUACUACUUCAGACAUUCCAGUUUUCUUUCUCCAUUCUGGCUCCUGUCAGUCACUUCACCGUAGCAUUGCAGCAUGAGUUCUAGUGAGUAAAUGCAAAAACGCCAACCACUACCUAAUUUAUCAGUGUGCAGUGUAUCUCAAGAGAAACUAUAAUGUUGUCAUGCAUGUGGAGGUUGCUCGUCAUUAUUUUUGUAUUUUAGAAUAUGAAGCUUUGUUUUUGGUUUGGGUCUGACUUUGAAUGUUGCUGACUUUUUUCUGCGCAUCAGAGGCAAGCUGACCCAGAGGGUAACUUUACUGUACAUUUGGUUUCAAUCAAGUGCCUGGGAAUUGUAGUUUUUAAGCAUGGCAACUCUAUACUAGAUUAUUUCUAAAAAGGACGCAGCUUUAGAGUGGUACAAAAAAAAAAAAAAGAUAUAUAUAUGUAUAUUAAAGUCCAAUGGAAGCCUCCAACCCAGAAAGGUCUCAGUAUACCGCAUGGGUGUGUGUGGCAUCGGCUUGUGCUGUUUGCUUGUUAAUAACACGUAAACAAUGUGAAGCCGCCGGGCAGCAGUGACAGCUAGUUACGGAUCUCUGCGGGUGACCUUAGACUGUGACAUUAGAGAGAUUUUGCACCUUACUUAGGAAGCCGACAGCGAUCACAGCAUAUUGACAGGUUGCUGCUCUGAAAAAGAAAAAAAAAUCCAAAUGAAGUGAAGUAAAUAAGCUCUGUGCCAUUCCUGUCAUGCAUUAUGACAUCCUGUGUAAACUGAAUCCAUUUGACCUUAAAGUGUUUUGUACGCUUUUUGCUAAGGAACAUUUUUGUCAUACACGUCUAACUUUGUUCACAUUUCAAUUAAGAUGUUUAGUUUUCAUUAAAGUCCUUAAAGUAACAUUUAGGUGCCUAAAAUUUUACACAGACAAAAAAAUUUUUUUUUCUAUAAUCUUGGAAAUUUAGGUUAUUUCUUCCUUUUGGCAUCUUUCAAUGCAUUUUUUCUUUUAAUUUAAGAUAUAUUUGCUCGAACAUCCCUCAGUUACUUAAUUUCAGCCUUUAUUAUUCACAAAUAAAACCCAUAUGUUAAGCAAAAAUAUUUAGGAUAUUAAUGUUGAUUAAUUAAUUCUAUAUUAAUUAGUUAAAUAUUCCAUUAAUUGGUGGAAUAUUUCUGUGCUGGAUCGUAUUCAUCGUCAUGCUGUCAUCACUCUUGAUCAUUUUCAAUAUUAGGGCUGCACAGCAUGCAGAAAAUAUGGCAUUAUAUCAGAUGAGGACGGCUAAAGACCGGCAAAUCAGACAGUUAUCUAAAAUGUCAUGUCCAGCUUAAUACUUCAUCUCAAAAGUCAAUUGAAAAUGCUCACUGUGAGGUCUUCAAUCUGUCGUGCUGCUCUAAUUAUAAUUCAGAAUAUUUAUGCUAUAGUCCAGAUUCCCUGGUAGGAGUAGAUAUUUGCACUGGGACUGGGACAGGUCUUCAUUUUGAAAGCGACCAGCAUUAGUUUAGCCUAAAUGUUUUAUGUUCUUUUGUUGCCCUCUUGUUUUGUACUGAAUGAGUCUUUUGAAGGUAAAACAAAACAUAAGUUUACUUGAACAAAAGUAUGUCAAUGCAAAAUCACACCUGUUACGUUUGGUUUAUUUCUCUGCAUGUUAAAGAAGAACAAAAAGCUUUUUGAGCCACUUUAGGUUGCAGAGUUUCAGGGCUACAGACCCUACAGGAAGCACAGGUCUGGUUGUCACCAUGGUUACACUGUGUUUAUUUAAACUGUAGCCAGAAAACAUUUGGUGAUUUAGCUAAACGCAACCGUUUUAGUUUUUUGUGUGAGCCAAAGAAAAUGAAGCAAUUGCAUGCAGAACAAAUAAAGGUUUUUAAGAAUUUAAAAAAUGGAGAAGAAGAAGAAGGAAAGAGUUGACAGAAGGAGGCUUGUAGAUAACGACUCUUCCUUCCUCAGUUAUCUUCUGCUGUGCAGGAACUUUUAAUUUAACUUUUUUUCUUUUCUUAGCUUGUUUUUUUUUUUUUUUUUUUUUGCUUUAACCAGGCAUUCUUUAUAACUUGUAUUAUUUUUCAUUAUUUCAGUUCAUUUUUUUUUUUUUCAAAAAGAAGUGAAGUAAAGGAAGCCUGCCAUUUGCACUCACUGUAUGCUUUUUUUUUUUUCAUUCUUUUACAUUUUUGAUGUUAAAGACAGUAAAACAAUAUCAUUUCUAACAAUGACGGAUAAAUCCAUGUUUAGUAAAAGUUUCAUUCCUUUUGUAAAGAUAUAUUUCUGCAUAGCAGCAACUGUAAAGAUGAUUUCAUGCAUUUAUUUCCCCCCAUCUUUGGUACUUUUUAAGUUGUUUGCAACAAGAGGAUUUUGCCAUGAUUUCUUCAGAGCACAAAUGACCUUCUGCUGAUUGUGUAUAUUUGGAAAAAAAAAAUCUGAAUCUGAGCAGAACUGUUUCUAUCCAAGUGACCCAUCAAUCAAUGUUAACGACCUUGGUCUCGUUGUUUUCUGCUCUGCCAGUACGUGUGCUGUUUCUGCUCUCUGAUUGGUAACUCGUAACAAGCUUUGAUCAGUGGAAAUAUUAUCUCAAGUAGCUGACCAAAGAGGCCUGCUGUGCUCUGUGUUUCAGACACUCCGCAUUCUCUUCAUACAGCAUAUUCCCUUCGUGUGAAUGUAUCUAAAUGCCUGCAAGUGUUUAUGGAUGUGAGUCCGACAAAAAAAAAAAAAUACUGUGUCCUCUCUUUUUUUUUGUAUUUUUUUUUUUACCUUUGUUGCAGAUACUGUUUACAUCUGUGUAAAUAUACUCUCACCUGUUCUCUGUGCGUGCAACGGUCAAUAAACAGAAGCCUUUGCAUUUGAUUAUA